AUAAACCAGAGUAAAGAUGACGUGUGUUUGUAAUUCAUAUCUGAAUUCUGUAAUCUCGCCUCAGUCAAUUUAUCAUUUGGUAAGAGCAUCAGGUUAAAAUAUCUUCCAGAGACCAUCAAUUAGUGAAGAAAGCUAUUGAUGCAAGCCUAUUACUCGGUAAACAAUAGGAGAUUUUAAGUCUAAUCAAUGCACACCCAAUCCACUUCAUAGACGUGAUGACAUUAGUGAAAACAUUUCGCCAACUUUUGUAUAAAAGCUAUGGGUAGAUUUUACUACUAAGAGAUUACUAUAUGAAUACACUUACAUUUUCACCCUUUUGUAGUGCUUCAUGUUUCAGAAAAACAUAAAAAACUAUGAGGAAAAAAUCUGUACUUAUUGUUACGCUUGAUUUGGUGCACACUAACUGAUACUAAUUUUCAUUAUUACCUUGAAAGUCCAUCUGCAAACUAUCACUGGUAAAUGGUAGAUUGAACUUCAUACAUUAGUUUUGUAGUAAUCUAAUCGACCGUAUUUUUAAACAACACUACGUAGAAAUUUGUUAAAAACCGAAGUACACUGGACUAAAAUAUAGCCAGUAGUUACAGCGUAGGUCUUAUGAAACCACAAACAUUUUAUCCUAACAAAUACUUCAGCUAUGUUCUAGAAGUAUAUGUGUAAGGACUCAAGUUUGUAUUACUCAGUGUCAGUUAAAUCAAAUAACUGGUUGCCUAAAUAGAAUCUGUAACAAACUUAUCUUACACUUCAAGUUUUCUAAUCACCAGCUAAUUAACGGAAAAAAUGAACAUCGCGAUUGAGCUACAAACUUCUGGAAAAUGUAUUUUUAAAAACACACGUAUUAUAAACAUUUUAAGCUUCCCGAUAUCCAACUACCGAAAAUUAAGAAAAUAUUUUUUAGAGAGACCCUAAGCAGUUUGCUUAUAAGUGUGGAAGAAGUACAUUAGAUGCAGCCAUUGUACUACACCACAAUAUUGUUUCCUGCCUUGAUAAGGGCGCUAAGUUCGUUCGAACAGCUUUUUUAGACUAUACUGCAGCUUUCGACUCUGUUCCUAGGACACUUUUAUUAGGAAAGAUGAUUUCAGCUCAAACAGAGUCCUGGGCAACUAGAUGGCUGUCUUCUUAUUUUAAGGAUAGGAAACAGCAUACUGUUUUGGCUGGAAAGCGCUCCACUUCUCAGCUAACUGAAAGUGGUGUGCCUCAAGGUGCAGUACUUUCUCCAUUUCUUUUCUCUUUCUUUUUGCAUGACCUUCCGAACUCACCCAAAGUUAACUUCAUUAAGUAUGCCGAUGAUCUGACCGUUUCUGUCCCUGUAGUUUCCACAUCGGAUUGUUCCCAUAUGAAUGGCUUCUUAGCUGAAGUUAAGGAUUGGUCUGGCUCAAAUGGUCUUAAACUAAAUCCAACUAAAUGUAACACUGUUGAUUUCAGCUUGAGAAGUGAAAAAGACAUGCAUGGAUUGAUUCAAUCUCAUGAUUGUUGUAAUAUUGAUGGUACCAUGAUAGAGAGUAAGUCAAGUGUUUCUUAUCUUGGCAUUAGUUUCUCUUCAAACCUUUGCUGGUCGUCUCAUAUUCUUAUAGUUUCUAAGAAAGUUUUCCGUCUGACUUAUUACAUAAAGAAGUUGAGACACUCAGGUAUAACUCAAUCUCUUAUCAUACAAUUUAUUAAUUCAUGUGUUUUGCCCAUCAUUCUUUAUUGUUCUCCAUUAUUCUUCCCUGGGCUACUCAAGAAAGACCAUAUAAUACUACGAAGAACAUUGAGGGCUGUAAGUAGGGUCAGUGCUAUCCCUUUGACUCAACUAAAUGACACUGUUGUCAAUAGGCAUAUGAAUUCUUGUAAACACUUAGCUAAAGUUAUCUUAUCUGAUAGUGAACAUCCUCUUUAUUCACAAUUGUUUCCUUGUAUCUCUUCGGGUAAGACCAGAAGAAAUUUUAUAAACAUUUAUGCUCGUACUACAAAAUAUAAAAAUUCGACCGUUCCAUAUUUGGCACGAGUAUUGUGUGAAGAGACAAAUAUCAGAAAAGAACUUUUACAACUUUUGAAUCAAUAACUAAACUAUAAAAUGUAAUGAUGCAUAUUAUUAUGCAUGUGUUAUUCUUUAUAAUAUUUAUUUAUUAUUCACUAUGACCUAGAAUGGUGUGAUUUUGUUGGGGUUUUUUUUAUUAUUAUUUUUUUUUGUUUUUUUUCCUAUUAACUAUCAAUAUUUUAACAUUUUAUACAUUUAUAUAAUUAUAAACAGAGCUAAACCAUUGCAAUAUGUAAAAGAAACGCU